GCGAUAUUCCGUGUGUUCUGUGUGCACCGUGUGCACGUUCCACCGAACCUCCUUUCCGCAGCGCGUACCACCAGCGUAACGACGCUCUUUUCACGGACAGUGUCACGGGAAAUCGGCAAACAUUUCGCGCAAGGACAGCAUGAAGAAGAUCAAGGAUUAUUCGGACGAGGACGACUACGAGGUGGACGAUCCGGAUUAUCCGGAGGUCGAAGGCGCCUCCGAGGAGGAAUGGACCCCGGAGGCCGGAACCGAGGCGGGUACUAAAAUAAGACCACAGAGAGGAGCAGGAAAAAAGCGACAGCACUCUGAAGAAGAGGAUGAAGAAGAAGAAGAGGAAUUCGAAGAGGAUGAAGAGGAAGAGGAAGAGGAAUCUGAUUCUGAUACAGGAAAGAAGUCAAAAAGGAAAAGGCGUUCUAAGAAAGACGAUGACGAAAAAGAGGAUGAGGAAGAUGAUGAUUCUGACAACAGUUUCAAUGAAUCUGGAGAGACUCAGAAAGAAUACACCUCUGGUUCGUUUGUUCUUUUAAAAGCUGACAUUGAAUCUAAUAAGAAUAAGGAAAAUAACUUAUCCAGUAAGGGUAAAUCCAAUGUGGAAUCAAGCACUUAUCCAACCUUAUGGAGGAUAGAUGGAAAAGCGUUGCUGCAAAAGUUUUUACCUUUUGAGGAAGAUGGAAAAGUAUUGUACAAAAGCACAACGACAUAUUCUGGCUGGCAACAAAGUAACAAAGAGCAGUACAUAGCGGUUCAGGUGUCCUUUAAAGUGCAAAGUAGACAAGAGACAAUUGUUGAACUUCAUUUUGAUCCAUCGGAACCACAAGAAGUUGUAAAAGAUGAUAAAGAAGAUUAGAUUAGAUCGAGUUUGCUCUUAUUUGUUUAUAUACGUCUUAAGAAAACAUAUAUUAUAAGAAAAGACAGAACAGAAACAUCUACAUCUACAUGUACACUAUUCACGAAACAUAUAUUUACACAAUUUACACAAUUUACACAUACACAUGAAUGGAGUUCGUGACAUGGUACUGUAGCAGUUCAUAUUUAAAAUAUAAGAUUGGAUGGACCAUGGCUCUGAGUUUAUUACUGGAGGUAGUUUAGCUAUAAUUGAUAUCCUUGACAGAAUAUAUAUAUGUGAGCUUUAAUUAUCAAGAAAGCUGCUCGCUACAUGCAUCGUAUUUACAGAGUUUAGUAAAAGCAGAAAAACUCGAUAAUUUACGAAUGUUUUAUCUUCGACAGAAAUUCAAUGUUACCUAGUAUAAAGGAUGCAUGUUGAUGUUCGAUUUUGUUUAUGUCACUAUUAUGCCUGCUU